AAUCACGUGACGUAAUCGGAAGCGUUUCCGGGUGGUAGAAAGGCGGAUCCCUCUGCUAGUUUGCGUUUCACAACUUCUUUUUAGCACGUUUUUUUGCGUGGCCACAGAGCAAUUAUUUUUGAUUUCAAGUCACUUCUGCUGUCGGAGCAUUAAAGCGACGUUAUCUAAUCGAGUUCUGCGACCGUUCUCACCGCGGCGGCUGAAGACUCCCCCCCUCUUCCAGCAAGCUAACUUGUAGCGCUAGCGUUUAACUUUACAACUGCUCUGCAGCAGGAACAGGGAAGGAGACCUAAGCUAACACAGGACGAUGGGAGACAAAGAACUGAUGUGGGCAUUGAAGAACGGAGACCUGGACGAGGUUAAAAGUAAACUAACAGCGGCAGAUGUAAACCGGACCUUGGAAGGUGGGAGGAAACCUCUGCACUAUGCUGCAGAUGCUGGUGAAGUAGAGGUGGUGGACUUCCUCAUUUCAAUGGGAGCAGAUGUCAAUGCUCCAGACAAACAUGGGAUCACUCCACUGAUGGCUGCCUGUUAUGAGGAUCAUUUUGCCUGUGUCAAGGUCCUGCUAGAAAAGGGUGCGGACAAGAACCAGAAAGGCCCGGACGGCAUCAGCCUCCUUGAUGCUGCCCAGGACGAGAGAAUAAAAGCAGUGCUCAAGUAGACUCCACUGGACAGGCGGGUGCACGGACAGACGGACGGACGCAGUGGCUCCCGACAGAAGACGGAGGGACGCCUCGCUCCUCCUCCGACCAGCCUCUGUCGUAACACUGCUUUUGUCUGUUUGCUAGAGGGUCAUUUUGUCUGUCCAGUGGUUCUUCUCGACCUUGUUUGUCCCCGGGCUCCUGGGGUCGGAUCUUCUCUCCUUUUGGCCUCUGUCUGUAGCCGCUGAACAGAAUGACCCGUCGCUUGCGUCUCCUUCAGGGACCAAACGCCGGGGGAGUGUUGUCAUACGUGGAUCUCAAAACACUGCAGACUAGAAAUUAGGAACACGUCUAACGCAAUGCUUAGCACUUACGUCCACAUCUCUCAUCUUUAGGUAUCUAUUAUAAAACAGUAACAGACGGUGUUCAUAUUUUUUUUUUUUUU